AUGGCAGACAACCAAGAUAACCAGAAUAAAAGGUUGUUGAGUGACUAUGCCGUGCCGAAUGUCAAUGGUGCUCAACUCAGUAUUGUGAGACCUACAGUCAAUGCUAAUAAUUUUGAGAUUAAGCCUGGUCUCAUUCAGAUGGUGCAGCAGGAGCAGUUUGGUGGAGGACCUGCUGAGGAUCCACAUGCACACCUUGCCAAUUUCUUGGAGAUUUGUGAUACAAUCAAGAUGAAUGGAGUUAGUGAUGAUGCUAUUCGACUCCGACUUUUUCCAUUUUCUCUAAAGGAUAAAGCCAAGGCUUGGUUGAAUUCCAAAGCACCUAACUCUUUCACCACCUGGAAUGCCUUGUCACAAGCUUUUCUAAGUAAGUAUUUUUCCUCAGGUAAGACCGCCAAACUUAGAAAUGAUAUUACCAGUUUUGCUCAGUUUGAUGGUGAAUCUUUGUAUGAAGCCUGGGAGAGGUUUAAGGAUUUGCAGAGGAAGUGUCCACAUCAUGGUCUUCUUGACUGGCUGAUUGUACAGACUUUCUAUAAUGGAUUAACACAUUCAGUCAGAAUUACCAUAGAUGCAACUGCAGGAGGUACUUUAAUGAGUAAGUCAACAAAAGAUGCAUAUAAGUUGUUAGAAGAAAUGGCCUCUAACAAUUAUCAGUGGUAUAAUGAAAGAGGUAUGCCUAAGAAAGUUCCAGGUAUGUAUGAUGUAGAUGGCAUAAACAUGUUGAAUGCCAAGGUUGAUUCUCUAGUAAAAAUGUUCGGUAAGCUGGGUAAUGUGAAUUCCGUUUCUAAUUUUGUAUUGAGUUGUGAUUGCUGUGGAGGAGCUCACAUGAGUUCUGAUUGUAUGCAGGUUCAAUUUGUGUCUAAUUAUAACAAGCAGCAGCAGCAGAACAACCCUUAUUCCAACACAUACAAUCCAGGCUGGAAGAAUCAUCCCAACUUUUCAUGGAAAGAUCAAGGUAACCAAGGUAGCAGCUCUAGACCUCUCCAUCCUCCUGGUUUCCAACCAAGACCAUCCCAACCAGAAAAUAAGCAGUCUUAG